AAACUCACUAAUGAAAAUAUAUGCGUUCGUCAUAUUCAUCAAAAAGGUUGGGAAUGUAUAAUAGGAGAUUUAGACGCUGUGCAAGCGAAAGGUUUAGGUCUUGCAUUGUAUAAUAUAGAUCCAUCACGAGACUGGGAAAUGCAUUUAAUACAUAUAUUUAAGUCUUGUAUUGUUUAUUUUCAACGUGAAUUAAUUUUAGAUAAAAUUGAAUUAUCAGAUAAACCAGGCGCAAAAGCCAAUUAUUAUAAAACGGCUUGGAUAAUUUCUUCAUUAAAUGUACAUAUGUCUAAAAUAGAGCGUAAUAUUUGGAGAACACACGAUAAUAAUACCAAUUCGGCAGAAUCAGCUCACGCCUUAGUAAAUAAAGAAGGAAAACAAUUAAAUCUUUUAUCAGCCAUUCUACG